GGAAUUGCUUGCCAGUUGUUUCUAUAGAAUUCACAUGGUGUGCUUGUUUUUACUUGAUAAUUGAGUGACGUAAAGGGAAAGUGUGGCGUAGUGGAACAUCGCAGCAGGUCAGACGCGCUGUUAGGUUUAGCCUGUCGUGCCCCGUCAAGGUGACCGACCGACGAAUCGACCUGUCGCGAUUCUUACGCAACAUUCAACAUUUAAGGCAUUAAAACUAAGCUCACUUCAUUUACAUCAACCGUCACGGUACGUUAUUUCUAAUAGAUGUGGCUGCCUGUUGUUUGUGUGGUAGUGAUGCUGGCGGCAUCUGUGUGUCCGUACGAUCCUGAAGAUGGUGAAUUGAAGAACGUGCUGCCAUCUAACGGCCAAUUUGAGGCGUUCUACCCGCGCAAGACGCACAGCUUACCGAACGGGUCGUCGCGCCCUGCGCAUGGGCAUGGUAGUUUCUAUAAACACCGCAACCCGGCGCUGGUGGAUGUGAAAAAUGCAGCCGCGUACGGCUUUCGGUUCGACGGUAUGAGGCGUUUCAAUUUUGAUGAUGAUGAUGAAUAAUUUUGUUUCUGUUUGUGAAAGUAUAUAAUUUUUUUUUCUA